ACUGGUUCUAUCGGUUUUGUUUUUACACCCCUGACCCCUGGUAUAUAAACUCGCUACUCAAAACACAGCAGAAGGUAGUAUUAUCAGAAGGCGGUGAUAAAAUCAUCCGCACGGAACUGGGAAGAGAAUGGUGGCCACGAACCUAAAAUCGGAGACGAUGACUCUGAUGGAGAAGAGGAGCUCCGUAGAGACCGAGAUGAACUCCAUCAUCGACCGCCUCUGUCAGCCUGGCGGCCCUGGCCUUUCUGGCAAUCUCGUCGAUUCUGAGGGGUUUCCUCGCUCGGAUGUUGACAUUCCAGUGGUACGAGCAGAGCGGCACCGUCUUUCUGAGCUACGGAGUGAUCACAGAGAGAUAACAGAGAAAAUAAAUCAGAACAUACAGGUUCUGCAUUCAGCAAGGCUUCCUUCUAAGUCUUCACCCCCAAAAGACCAAGGCAAUGAUGAGGGGUCAAACAGCCAACACUCUGCAGUUCCCAGUGCUGGCCCAUCUACAUCCUUCCACAAUGUUCUAGUGAGAGAUUCUCCCAACUCUAUGGAUGUGGAUCUGGUUGUCAGUUUACCAUUUGCCAUGGUUGAUGAGAUAGCUGAUGCAUCACCAGCAGCAGAGGAUGGUUUACAGCUGGGAGAUCAGAUUGUCAAAUUUGGGAGUGUCGAAGCUGGUGAAAAUUUGGCACAAAGGCUUGCUUCUGAAGCUCAGACAAAUCAAGGUCGUGCAAUACCAAUAUCAAUUAUGAGGCAGGGUGCACCGAUUAACUUAACAGUGACACCCCGAACAUGGCAAGGCAGGGGUCUACUAGGAUGCCAUUUCCGGAUCUUAUAAUUUCAGUUAAUCACAUGGACGUGGAACUGUGAUGAACUGUGGAAGCGCAAAGGGGGUUCCUUUGAUUUUUUUUAGCAGGACGGUGUUCAGGGGCUCUUGGCAUCGCUUUUGGUGGUGUAUUCAAUGGUAAAAUGAUGUUGUGCUUGACUUGAUAGGCACUAUUUACAUAUCCUAGCAAAUAUUGGAUUAGCUUGUGUUUUGAUGGGACUCCAGAAUGGUUUAACUCUCUGAGAGCAUUAGUAUUGGCUUUGCUAAAUGCAUAUUCAAAAUUUAGUUAAUAUCAUACUUUUUUACA